CACAUUAUAUUAUUUGGGUCCGACCCGCGGUUCGUUUGCGUCAUCAAACCAGCAGCUGUUUACUCCGUUGCUUAGUAACGACGGCGCAGGAGAGGGCGGCAAAAUGCAUAACGUUGCUCUCCUCACUUUCAUAUUUUUGUUUUUUAACCGUUGGUUUUGUUCAUAACGACACUUGCCUCUAUCUGCCGCGACUGUAGUACGGAAGGUGAGCAGAAAUAAGAAAGGCUACACUACAGCUCUCUGCUUGCAGCACGUCAGUCACGCUCGUUGGGAAAUGUCUUUACAGGGAAGAGCAUCAGAAUUUCCACAGCUCUCUGUCGACUGCAGAUUGUUGAUAAUGGAUAAAGGACAGCUCACCCCUCAGCCAAAGGUCCAGACCAACAUUACAGACCAGAUGCAACAGGUUUCCUAUCAAACCCAACCAGCUCCAACGGUAGUUUACAACCAACAGCCUGUCACUCAGACUGUCCAGCCUGCGCCUGCCCAGGCCACAGUGGUAGUUAUUCCACCACGUCUGACUGAAGUUCCUGGGCAGAUGAACUGUCCUUACUGCCAGCAGCAGAUCGUCACAGAAACAACAUACAUCAAUGGGAUGAUGGGGUGGUACAUCUGUCUUCUUCUUGGACUUUUUAUGAUCUGGCCAUGUUGUUUGAUUCCAUUCUUUGUGAAUUCCUGCAAGGAUGUAGAGCAUCGCUGUCCAAAGUGCAAAAACCUCGUCCAUGUGCACAGACGCUGGCAAAACUAGCUUAUUCUGAAGCAACGAAAAUCAGAACGACCAAAAAGUGGCAGCAUCUUUUGGACAUUACUGGACUUUUCUAAUUCAAAGAAAAUAACACAAUGACAUGGGUUUCUCUUUCCUUCUUUAUGAAAGUAUAUACAUAUAUUAAUCCUGAAUAUCAUUUAUCUAUUUUCUUGUAAAAUCUAUAAUAACCUCUGCAGGAUCGUGCAAUGUAAUCAAGAAAAAUCGUACUACUUGUUGCCAUUUUUGCACAACACAUCUGUUUAUUUCUGUGUUUUGUUUAUUUGAUUAAACUAUUCUUAACCUAAA